GACUUGGGGCCCGAUUUGCACAUUGGGCGAACUGAACCGGACCGUGGCGAGGUCAUGACCCAACCCGGCCUGGUUGUAUCGCCUACUCGAUUCUGCGGCUGGGACACGUUGCCCUAACGCCGCCGCCUCCGGUCGCAGGCAGCACCGCCUCUGCUUCGUUGGUCUUGUAUUCGCCUCCUGUUGCAACUUCCUCUUGGGUUUUCACCGAUCGAAAGUGUAUUUUCCUGUGCAACUGCCGUCGUUUGUCAUGAAUCGCGUGGUCCGGCAGCUCUCCUCGUCCCUAGCGUUCCUCCGGCCGCGGCCGGAGCCUCAACUGUCGGGUGGUUCGCUCGGAGGCGGUCUCGGUGGGUGGAUGGGGGCGCGGGGCAUCCGGGUGGAGGUGCGGAACGGGAACCUGGAGCAGGCGCUGAGGCUGAUGGAGCGGAAGAUGCGGGAGAGCGGGAUGGAGCGCCUCAUCAAGCGGCGGGUACCUUACCACCUCAAGAACUCCGAGAAGCGCGUCCUCGCCCGCAAGAAACUCCAGCUCCGCCUCCGUUCCCAGGAAUUUUCCCGGAAGCUCCGCGCCAUCAUCGUCAAGAAGAUCAGGGGUCUUUGAGAUCUGCUGCUGAGGUUGGCGAGCAAGGUUGAGCAAAUUUCGACACCAAAUAGCCGGUAAAAAUAAGAGGUUCUCUUUUCUUGUUUCUCCAAUGUGUCUGUGCAGUGGCAUAAACUACAUGCUACCUCAUUUGGAAUUUUUGUGGUCUUUGGAAUCAUUUGAUUCCACUUUUUUAUUUAUUCCUCUUGGUUAAUUCUCUGACAUUCCAGACGUACAACUGUGAAGUGUGCAUUUUUAUCAUUAGUGGAUUA